AUGCCCUCCCUCCGUACAGUCCUCGCCUCCUCCCUCCUGGCAGCAUCCGCCGCCUCUGCCACGGGCAUCAACGACUUCUCCUGCACGUCAGACUCCAACCCAGUCGUCCUCCUCCACGGUCUCGGCGCAACAUUCUACGAAGACCUAAACUACCUGCAAUACUGGCUCCAAAACCAAGGCUACUGCACAUACUCUCUAACCUACGGCGCCUACGACGGCUUCCCCUUCGUCGGUGGCUUAAAACCCAUCAGCGAAUCCGCCGCCGAAAUCGCAACCUACAUCAAAGAAGUGGUUCAAAAGACGGGCAAAUCCAAAGUCGAUCUGGUCGGCCACUCCGAGGGCGCAUUCCAAUCGCUCUACGUGCCCAAGUUCGAAGGUGUGAGUCAGUACAUUGAUAAAAUCGCUUCCAUCGCACCGCCUACCCACGCAACUACUUUCGCGGGUAUCUACGAGUUGGCGUACCUAUUCGGGAACGCGUCGCGCGCUCUGAUCGGCGAUGUCUUGGAUGUGGUUGGUUGUGCUGCGUGCGAUGAUCUCGGUCCUGAUGGUGCGGCUGUGGAGCGGUUGAAUGAUGGUACGCCCAUCGUGCAGGAUGGUAAUAAGGUUACUAUCAUUGCGUCGAAGUAUGAUGAGCUUGUUACCCCGCCUACGACGUCGUUCGUUGAUGAGGAUGGCGUGACGAAUUGGUGGGUUCAGGAUACUUGUCCGUUGGACCCGGUUGGACAUAUUGGCGAGGCGUAUGAUUUGAAUGUGUGGAACUUGGUGAAGAAUGUGUUGGAUGAUACGCCUGAUCGCAAGUUUGUGUGUUUGCUUGGAUCGCCUGGGAAGGCGUAA